GGAGCGUGUACAGUUCCGUCAUAUUCCCGGUUUGAAAGCAAGGUUGCGAGUAGUUGUUGCGACGCAGGAAGGUGCAGUGAACGGUGUGUGUUUAGUUGCGAGCCAUAAUAAUAUAUUAAAGUUAAACAUCAAACCCGCAGAUUUACCGGCCAUGGAGAAACGAAUAGAGCUUGAAAAACGAGGAAGAAAUCCCGCUGAUAUUACAGAAUUUGUACUUGACAAUUGUCGGAGCACAAAUAUUGUAGGGCUUACAGAUGAAUUUGUGGCAUUAAAGUCUCUAAGUUUAAUUAAUGUAGGACUAACAAGUCUCAAAGGUUUCCCUGUAUUACCAAAUCUCCGAAAGUUGGAAUUGAGCGAUAAUCGAAUCUCAGGAGGUUUGAAUUUUUUGCUCUCAAGUCCUAAGCUAACUCACCUUAAUCUUAGUGGAAAUAAAAUCAAAGAUCUUGAGACACUACAGCCAUUAAAAGAAUUCCAAAACCUUAAAAGUUUAGAUUUAUUCAAUAAUGAAGCAACAGAUAUGGAUAAUUAUAGAGAGAAAGUAUUUGGACUUAUUCCUAGUUUAAGAUAUCUUGAUGGAUACGAUAUGGAUGAUUGUGAAAUUGAAGAUAGUGAGGGUAAUGAGGAAGGCAGUGAAGAUGAAGAAGUAAAUGGAAAUGAUGAUGGGGAUGAUGAUGCCAAUGAAGAUGACAGUGAAGGCGAUAGUGAUGAUCGAUCUGAUGAUGAUGAUAAAGACCUCAAUGAAGACGAAGUCUGCUUAGAUAUUAAUGAUAGUGAUGAUGAAGAAUAUGGAGAGGAAGAAGAAGAAGACGAUGACGAUGAUGAUGAUGAUGCUGAUGAUUAUCAAGAUCGUCAGGAUGCAGACGACGGCAGUGCUGUUGAAGAAUCAUCACCAGCCCGAGGCAAGAAAAGAAAACACGAAGACGGAAGUGAGCCUGGGAAUUAAAACCUAGACUUAAGGAUUUGCUAAUAAGUAAUGUUGAAUGAGUGUAAAAUUCGUAUAUAAAUUAAUUAAUUAAUAAUUGCGCCGCCAAGUGAGACUAGCUGGGAAUCAAACUUUAUUGACCGACCAAUGACAAACUACAGUUAGUGAUAUUAAUUACAAAAAUCAUUGACUGAAAGAAAAAAAAAAUUAAUAAUUAAAAUAAAAUAAUUAUCUGUGGAGUAAAAAAAAAAAAAUAAAUAAAAACUGAAUGAAAUACAUAAGGAUGAAGGACGUAAUUGCAAGUAAAAUUGCAAGAAAACUAAAAUAAAAAAAAGUAAUUGAUAAUAUUAUUGACAAUGGAAUGAAAUGUAAGAAUGAAUUGUUUAAGGAUAAAUAGGGGCUGCAUUCCAGCUAGACCCAACACGUUUUAGUUACACUAACGAUAUUUUAUAUAGAGUAUAUAGAUAGAGAAUUAGAAAUGUUGUCAUUACAUUUAUUUAGUAAUGUGGAAGUUUGAAUGAUAUGACGCAGAGUUAUGAUGAUAUGAUUAUAAUAUAGACGGGAUUUAAACUCUCGAAGGAGCGUAUUGUCUGUUAGCUCCAGUCGACCAAAGGCUGGUCAUGCUGGAAUGCAGCCGUCGUUAAUCAGUAAAUAAGAUUACAUAAGUUACAUUUUAAAUACAUUAUUAUUGUAACGUGAAAUAAGUAUAAAAAAAAAAUAAAAUAAAAUAAACGAGGAAUCAAUUUUUGUACAGGUUUAAAAAAAAAAGAAAAGAAAAUAAAUAAAAAAAAUUAGAUAUCAAUACAAUAAAAAAGAUUGCAUGAAACUAUAUUUUUUUGGGACAGAAAUAAUACCAAUUAAUGGGUGUAAUGUAUUUAAAAUCAUAAACAAUAUUUUAAUUAAUGUUAAAUUAAUAUUUAAAUAAUAAUAUUUUUUAAUUAUAUUUUAUAAAAGUAAUCAUUUUCAUGCACUCAAUGUCCUUUCAAAUGAGCAGCCAUCUCACUUGUACGGUCGUUGUCACAGUGGUUUUAUUAUUUUUAAAUUUAAUUAUUUAAUAACAAAAUCAUGUCAGCUAUUAUGUGAAUUUAAUUGUUAACUUAUAUUGAACACUAAAGGCUCAAUCUAUCGUUGUUGUUUUAUCUUUUUGUUUUAUAUUAAAUGAAAAGUGAUCUCUAGACCACUUAUGUGCGCCUACCAAAGCGACAAUGAAAUUACUAUAUUAUUAUUAAUAUAAAAUUUUUUUUCUUAUUGAUUAAUAUUUUGGAAAAAAAAAAAAAUAAAUUUAUGUAAAUUCAUUCUUGAUAAUUUUAUAUACUAAAAAAUAUGAAAUCAUUUCGUUGAAUCAAGUAUUGAUAAUUCAAGUGAGUGAAUGCUCUUCCUUAAGAUCAUUAAUUUUUAAUUUUUAUUAAAAUAAUUUGUGUAUUUUUUUUUUUUUUUAUUAUUUUGUAUUUUAUUUGAAAGUUAGAAAUAUAUUAAAAUUGACUGACAAUAAAAGUUUGUUAUUUUUAACAGCGAAAUGUAAGUAUUUAAGUACAAUUUUUUGGUUUGAAAAAAAAUUCUACCCCAAGGUUGUACUGAUAUUUAUAUCAUAUAUUUCUAUAAAUAUUCCAGUUAUGACAUUUAUUAUUUUAAUUAUAUAAUUUAUGAAAGCAUCCACUUGUUAAAAAUCUAUAAGUUCCCUGAUGUUAAAUUUAAAUUUUGAAAAUUUAAAACGAGUUAUCAUCUGUUAUCAAAUUAUUUAUAACUGAGUAAAAUAUGUGACAAUCAAUACGAUCUUUUAUGGUAUGGCGGGAUUUAAAAUUUUUUUUAAAACAAAAAGAUAAUUUUAUUUAAUUUCUGUCCCAAAAAUUUUUAUUGCGCUGAUCCUCUGCUUUAUGAAUAAAGUGAGAAAAAAUAAAAAAAAUUUAUCGUUAUCAUUUUGUUUAGACAAAAAAAAACAUGAAUUAACUAACUGAUGAAUAGUUAAAUAAAUUAAUUUAUGAAGCAAUCGGCGCAAAAGAAAAUUAUAUGAGACAGAUGACUUAUUUCACUAGUAAAGACUGCGACUAAUGGACGGUAAUGACUAAAAAAAAAAAUAAAAUAAAUAAAUAAAUAAUAAUGAUAAAACCAAUGAAAUAAUAACUGACUACUCGACUGUAAGAAUGAAUGAACGAUAAGACAAAGUGUGAGAAUGUAGGAGAGAAUUGAUUUUAUAAAAUAAAUGAAAAUAUAAAAAAAAAAAAUGAUAAAAAUAAUUAUGGUAGACACAAGAAUCUAGUGCACUGUAAAAAACUUGGGUGUAAAAAUGGCCCGAGAACUUUACACGGCCGUGUAGUGUAAAAUAAUGGUGUAAAAAAUCCCCGGUAUAAAUUGGGGUAUUCCAUCCGUGUAAUUUACUUUUUUUAUAUUAUUCCGCGUUACUCGAUAUAAUUUUAAUUAGUGAGCAACAAUCCGGGUAAAGAAAAGUCGUUCCAAAAGCGUCUAUGACGUUGAUAAAUCCAAAAAAUUGUCAAAUCAAAUUAUUUAUGUUUAAAAAAUUAAAAAAUGCGCCGGAAAAACCUAUCAGUUUAAAAUUGUUCACUUAAUAAUUUUUUAAAAGUUCAAAAAAUGUUCAGAAUUGUCUUAAUUUUUAAAGUUCACUGUCAGAAACAUUUUUUGAAUAUUUUUCAAACGAAUUUUUCAUACACGAGAAAUGAUAGUGAUAAUUUUUAACUUCUUAAUCAAUAAUUAUAUUAAUUUUCAUGAUACCAGCAUCGAAACUUGAAGUUUCAGUGUCUCUACAGCCCGUCGAAACAAGCUAAUUUCAAGCUGAUUCUGCAAACAACUGCUAGCGAAUUCGUAAUUCAAAAAUACCUUCAUAAGAGCGGGCAGAAACAUGCGUGUUUCUUCCCUUGGGAAAAAACACAAUUGUUUCUGCCCGGUGUCAAUUAUAUUUAAUGUUCAUUUGCAGCCUUAUUGCUUUCAUUUGUUUACGUGUCACUUCAGUUUACUCACUUCAUUUUUUAAGUGACAGUUUUAGUUAACCAAAUAAAAUUUAAAAAAAAUGAGUGAAAAUAAUAUUUUUGUCUUAUUUACUAUUUAAUAAGUGACUGUAAAUCACAUAUUUCUCAUUCUCAAACAGUUCUCCGCAUCAUCAACAUAAAAUUAACUUGUUUCUUACUGGCUGCUGACACUGAAUCUUGAAAUUCCGAUGCAGGUAAUCAUGAAAAAUAUAGUGUGUGACUCAGGAUAAAACACGAUUUCAGUCUGCGGGUGAUGUCAGCCCUCGCCUACGGCUCGGGCAGCCAACCUCACCCUAGUCUGAAAUCGUCUUGUUUCAUCCCGGGUCACACAAUAUACUAUUUAUUUAAAUAUUUAAUUUUGAACAUUUUAAUAUUUUUAUAAUUAUUUUUCUUAACGCAAAAUUAUCAUAAAUUACACAUUUAUAUACGGAGAGAAUUUUUUGAUAAAAUUUACCUAAAACUUAGAGUAUAUCUGGGCCAAAAACAAACAAAUACGGAAAUAAUAAAAACUGAUUCCUUUUGUUUUAUUUUUUACUCGUUUUUAUUUAAAAAUUACUCGAAAUUGGGUUUUUCUGCCCCAUAAUUGAACACUAUCUAGAAACGGAAGAGUAAUUAUUAAACCGGGCCCAGUUUCACUUACAAUUAACGGGUAAAAUUUAUUAGAUUUUUUCCGUGUACGCUCCAAGGUGUAAAAAUUUUUAAUUAACACCGUUUAAAUUUAACACGAUAUUUAAUGUAAUUUUACACUACACUGGGUCCAAAAAUUUUUUACAGUGUGCAUUCUUGCUGCCAGAUUGGUUAUGGCCUUAUCCAAUUUUUCCAAGACU